AUGGCUCAGUCUCGGUUUGCCACGGUAACUAGCGACGAAAUUUCGAAAAUAAAUGAAGAGGCCAUACCAGACAACACUAAAAAAGCGACUAAAUUCGGUCUAGCAGUUUUCACAGGUAAAGCUUUGUCUGUUUAACCUGAAUUUUAUCGAUGAAACCGGUGAAAAAGUUUUUUGUUUACAAAUGCAAAUUAUGUCUUUCGUUACUUAAUGUUAGCUGACAUGUUUAUAAAUAAGCUUACUUUUUUUUACAGAAUGGUUUCAGAUGCAAGAAGAGUUCAAAACUCCCUUUGAGGAGAUGUCACCAAUUCAGCUUAACAAAUGCCUCCAAAAAUUUUACUUGUCCGCACGAAAACGUGACGGCAGUUACUACAACAAAAAGUCGCUUAUCGCAAUCCGAGCCGCGUUAGAUCGUCACUUAAAAAGUCCUCCGUUUUCAAAGCCAUUUUCCAUUGUUGGCGACAGUCAUUUUAAUGAAGCCAAUAAAUCCCUCAGCAAUUUUCUGAAAACUCUGAGCAAAAGUGGCCAAAUUAAAUAG